CCUUUUGUCUACGUACCUCGUAUACACCACUAUGUCAACCCAGAGUGUGGCUGAUUCAUUGCCCGUAACGCGUAUUGCGACAUUCAGGUUUCGCGAUGAGGUGACACCGGCGCAGAAGGGUGAUCGCACCGCAGCUUUUCUGGCGCUCUAUGCCGAGCAUCCUGAGUUGCUUGCCGAAGGACCCAAGGGAGGCAGGCCAUUGAACACACCACUCAAUUUGACCAACGUGAAGAGGGAAAGUGUUUGGGAUACAGGUUUCGUGGUCGUUUUCAAGGAUGAGGCUGCGAGGCAGAAGUUCGAUCUCGAUCCUGGGCACGAUAGGUUGAAGGAGGAAACAGAUCCGUUGCUGGAGCAGGUGUUUGUGUAUGAUUUUGUUGCACAGCCAAACCUGGGUUGGUAAGAGUCACAUAGUCGGAUGAUUAUGUUAAUAUUCAAAGGAAAAAUUGAUUGUAUGAUGGCAGUAUAGAAGCAGGAAGUUUGGAAGCGCUUUGCCUGACUAAGUUGGGCAUCAUCCGACUCACUGUGUGCGGAGAAUUUUCCUUGUCAUGUCUCUUUCUUUCAGUAUGCAGUGGCUUUUUGGAAGAAUAAAUCUAUUCGUAUCUGGAAUCAUCUGUACAGACUUCUCA